AACAAGUGUUUCGAUAUGACGCCAACGUGUCUAGCAAUGUCUGCCAAGCAGGUGUCUGUCUUGGCUCAAUAUGAUGACCUCUGCAGAGGAUUUAAUUACUUCAUCAAUAGUUCCGAGAAAGAGUUCCUCAAGUUUGCUGUGAACCAGGAAGUGGGUCGUCAGAAAUGGCUUGAUGCUGAAGCAGAGCUGAGACGGAUGCAGAAUCAGUUGAAUGAAGUCAACAAAAUGAAUUCCAAGCUUGAGCUGCAAUACCAUCAUGCUACUGUUCUACUUAAAAAUGAAAUCAAAGUCAGAAAACAAGUAUCAGAUGAAAAGAAAUCUUUGGAAAAACAACUGUACAUUGUUCGGGAGAUAGUGUCGGCCGAGAAGGAUAUCAAAGAUGAAACCCGCGAAAAACUGGCGAUGCUUAGCAAUACUGGACGCUAUUCACGUGGAAAUUUUGAGUCGCCUGGUGACAGAUUAAACACAAUCAACGAGCUGAACAGUACCGGCUCACUGUUGGCUUCAUUCGAUCUCACUACCGAACGCACAGAAGAAGAACUUGAGUUGUCAGUAAUGCGUUCUAGUAGAGCACCCCGAUCAAAACGGCCAUCAGAAGGAAUGUGUUACAAUCUCGACAGCUCAAAACGCUACAAAACUAACCGUGAAAAUAUUAUGGAAGUAUCAGGCAAUGAACGCAUGAUCGCCACAACGACAGUAACUGUCAAUAAAGGAGGUCCAAUCACGGCCACAUCCAUUAUUGAAAAUUGCCCCGACGUGGGCAAAGAAAGCGAUGACGGCCAUGUCACCCCUAGAAACCAAAGAAAGCGGAGCUCCAGCGAACCUGGAAUCAUACCAAACGCUCCUCCACAAUGCAAGUAUUUGAUUGAAUCUUCAUGGGAACUACCCGACGGUAAGACACCCGUUGCUAUCCGACGCCCGAGUGCUAAUCCAUCAGCAUCGGCUCAUUCCACUCACACACUGGGCGGAACUGCGUAUUUGCGCACCAUGGCUUCAGGGGGCCGAAUCAAUCAACGGCAGCACACCUUUAGCCAGAAAACAAUCAUUAAGCCAGAAAACUGUCUUCCAUGCGGUAACCGGAUUAAAUUUGGGAAGCCUGCCUUGAAAUGUAUCGAGUGUCGAGGAACUUGUCACGUGGAUUGCAAGUCGCGUAUGCCUAUGCCGUGUGUCCCAACCGUUCAAACGCCUUCUAACAAGGGCUUCGUCGGUACAGUUGCUGAUUACGCUCCCAACAUGUCGCCCAUGAUUCCCGGCUUGGUCAUUCACUGUGUCAACGAAAUCGAACGUCGUGGCUUGACAGAGGUUGGCAUCUAUCGUGUCAACGGUUCUGAGAAAGAAAUUAAGGACAUGAAGGAACGUUUGUUGCGUGGUAAGGGUCAGCCGACGUUGUCUCAGAUUGAUAUUCACGUUGUAACUGGGACUCUGAAGCUUUUCUUCCGCUCGCUUAAAGAGCCGCUCAUCACCUACACGCUCUGGGACAGUUUUGUUCGCAUCGCUGAUCUUAACGAUGAGAUGGAUGUACAGACAACAGUGUACUCACUCAUCCCUGAUCUCCCGCAACCCAACCGAGACACGCUCGCAUACGUUAUUCUCCAUCUUCAGCGCGUCGCAGAAGCUGAAAUGUGCAAGAUGCCAAUAACGAAUUUGGCCAAGAUAUUCGGUCCUACCAUCAUCGGAUAUUCGUGCCCAGAUCCACUCCCGGAGAUGGCACUCAAGCAGCUCAAGAAACAGCACUUGACCAUGGAGAGGCUUUUGCUCAUCCCUAGCGAUUACUGGACGCGCUACGUGGACGCUGAGACAGAAACUUUUACAUCUACUCCUGUGAGUUCACGCCAUCCAGGAGUGGCAACGAUUGCCAAAAGUGUGAAAAGGGGUCCUACGUUUUUCUCAUCUCCCAACAUGAUAAACUAAGGUCAUGUGUCGCUAGUUUUGCGUUUCGAAAUUUCAAUUCGUUAAUCUAUCAACUUCUUACAUGUUAAUAAUCUGCUUUUCUUUUUGAACUACACCACUUGUUUCUUUUUUUUUCUUCGCCAAAAAUGUUUAAGUG